UGUCAGUGUGAAACUAAGGCUACUAAACUGGAAGAAGAGGAAGAGUGCCGCUUUGUAUCCUCACAGCCAGCACUACAUUCAUGGCUGAGAUUGGUGAAGCUGCAGCCAUGGAGGCUGGAGUUUCCUACGAGUGUCCUAUCAAACAAGUGGAUGUCACAGUUCCUAAAACUGAUGAUCCCACUAUUCCUGUUCUCACCUUCAGAAUGUGGGUUCUGGGUCUGUCUUCAUGUAUUGUUUUAUCCUUUGUGAACCAGUUCUUCUGGUACAGAUCACAGCCAUUGAUAAUUUCAUCAAUAUCUGCACAGAUUGCUGUUGUGCCUAUAGGCCAUUUGAUGGCCAAAAAGAUCACAAAGCGGGUGUUCCUAAAGGGUUCUAGGUGGGAGUUUACACUUAAUCCUGGGCCUUUUAAUGUCAAGGAGCAUGUUUUGAUCACCAUUUUCGCCAACUCGGGUGCUGGAACUGUUUAUGCUACUCAUAUCUUGACUGCAGUGAAGCUUCUGUAUAAGAGGAACCUCACUUUCAUUCCUGCCUUGCUUGUUAUGACAACCACUCAGGUGUUGGGGUUCGGCUGGGCAGGACUUUUCCGGAAAUUUCUGGUUGAGCCGGGAGAGAUGUGGUGGCCUUCUAACCUGGUUCAGGUUUCACUGUUCAGGGCUCUACAUGAGAAGCAGAAGAGGCCUAAAGGUGGCACAACCCGGACUCAGUUCUUCCUCAUAGUCUUUAUUUGCAGUUUCACAUACUAUGUGGCUCCUGGGUAUCUCAUCAACAUGUUAACAUCUUUCUCCUGGGUCUGUUGGCUUGCUCCUAAAUCCAUUCUGGUGCAACAACUCGGGUCAGGCUUGGAAGGCCUAGGAAUUGGCUCAAUUGGGUUGGAUUGGUCUACGAUUUCAUCAUAUCUAGGGAGUCCAUUGGCUAGCCCCUGGUUUGCCACAGCCAACGUUGCCCUUGGAUUCUGCCUAGUGAUGUAUGUGAUGACACCUGCCACAUACUGGAGCAAUGUCUACAAUGCCAAGAACUUCCCUCUAUAUUCUGAAAUGCUUUUCAUGUCGAAUGGUUCACGUUAUAACAUUUUAAGCAUCAUUGAUUCUAACUUUCAUCUUAGUAAAGAACAAUAUGUGAAGAGUGGGCCUUUAAAUAUGAGCACCUUCUUUGCUAUGACCUAUGGUCUCGGGUUUGCCACACUUUCUGCUACUAUUGUCCAUGUCGCACUCUUCAAUGGAAGUGAGCUAUGGAAACAAACAAAAGGUGCCUUUGGAGAGAAAAAGAUGGAUAUACAUACAUGGCUAAUGAAGAAGUACAAGUCAGUGCCCAAUUGGUGGUUUUUUGUGAUCCACGUUGUGAACAUUGCCACUAUCAUAUUUGCAUGUGAGUAUUACAAUGACGUACUUCAGUUGCCGUGGUGGGGUGUCUUGCUUGCUUGUGCCAUUGCCUUUUUCUUCACCCUUCCAAUCGGCAUCAUCACUGCUACAACAAACCAGACACCAGGUUUGAACAUUGUAACAGAAUAUGUUAUGGGGUAUAUGUACCCAGGCCGUCCUGUUGCCAACAUGUGCUUCAAGGUUUAUGGGUACAUCAGCAUGACUCAAGCUCUAACCUUUCUGGCCGACUUCAAGCUGGGCCACUACAUGAAGAUUCCACCUAGAUCAAUGUUCAUGGCACAGGUGGUAGGAACAGUUGUGGCUGUAAUUGUAUACGUGAUAACUGCCUGGUGGUUGAUGGCAACCAUUCCCAACCUCUGUGAUACCACUAUGUUGCCUGCAGACAGUCCAUGGAGAUGCCCAAUGGACAAUGUCUUCUUCGAUGCCUCUGUUAUUUGGGGGCUUAUUGGCACUCGCCGAAUCUUUGGAAACCUGGGUGCCUACUCGAAUGUCAACUGGUUCUUUCUGCUUGGAGCCAUUGCCCCUCUCCUAGUCUGGCUCAUGCACAAGGCAUUCCCAAAAAAGAAAUGGAUUCCCCUUAUCCACAUGCCAGUCUUGUUAGGUUCCACAGCAAUGAUGCCCCCAGCCUCUGCUGUUAACUUCACGAGUUGGAUCAUUGUUGGGUUCCUCUCUGGAUUUGUAAUCUUCAGGUACAAACCAAAGUUGUGGGAGCGCUAUAACUAUGUUGUUUCUGGUGGUCUUGAUGCUGGAACUGCCUUCAUGACCAUAUUAAUAUUCCUUACCCUCGGGUCCAGGAAUAUUAGCAUCGACUGGUGGGGAAACAAUCCAGAAGGAUGCCCCUUGGCUUCAUGCCCAACUGCCAAAGGAAUUGUAGUUGAUGGCUGCCCUGUUUUCUGAUACAGCCUUUUGAUUGACCCCUGUAGUUUGAAACAAUACCUUUUAUUCUCUUCUUCUGUAGAUGUACACAGUUUAGCCUUUCGUUAUAUGUGUGACUCCUGACAUGCUGAAGGCACAUAACUGGGUUUGUUAGCCUUUUAGAUGAAUGCCAAAUCAAAAUAGCAAGUACCAAACUUAA